GUACCCUGCCUACUAUGCUGUUAUAAAAGAACCGAUUGAUUUGCGCAUGAUAGCACAACGGGUUUUGUCCGGUGUAUACCCUUCUCUUGCCGACAUGGAGAAAGACUUUCACCUGAUGGCAAGGAAUGGAAAAACCUUCAACGAGCCAAGGUCUGCUGUUUACCAGGCUGCUGUGAGUCUCUCCAGAAUCCUUAAGGGCAAGCGGAGUGAAGCAGAGCACCCACCCCAACGGAGCAAUAAGGAUAGAAAGAGGUCAAUUAUUCUUGGUCAAUACAAUAUAUUAUAA